CUUCUAUACAAAACCAACUUCCUUCUUCCUCAUCUCCUUCAUCCAAAAGAAAGAAGGGGAAAAUUUUCUCUACCCGCCUCUCCUCUCUCGUUCGAUAUGUUUCUAAUUUGAUCAAAAGUGAAAGAAAAAUUCGAAAAUUCGGAGAAAACUCGGAAUUAUUCGAUCGGAGGGGAAGACGGGGAGAUUAGGAACCUUCUUCAUUCACAAUUGUAUAUACUUAGAACUUGUUCUGGAAAUUCUGAGAUUAAGGGCUUGUUAUUAGGUUUCAUUAGGAGUAUUUACAGAUUUCUGAAAGUCGGGUCGAAGAAAUUUGUGUUCUGCUGGGAUUUGUUUGAUGGGUUUUUUGGUGGAUACGCAAAAGGAAGGAGGAGGCCAUUCAUGGGGUUGCGUCAGGAGCCUCGUGAGGAGGAAACAGGUCGACUCUGCUCGCGCCAAAGCUGAGGGUCAUCAUCAAUUGGCUAAGGCCUUGACAGUUCCUCACUUGAUUGCAAUCGGUGUUGGAGCAACAAUUGGAGCCGGAGUCUAUAUUCUUGUCGGAACAGUGGCAAGAGAGCACUCAGGACCGGCUCUCACAUUUUCGUUUCUGAUAGCCGGGAUUGCUGCAGCUCUCUCUGCCUUUUGCUAUGCCGAGCUCUCUAGCCGUUGCCCCUCGGCGGGCAGUGCUUAUCACUACUCUUACAUUUGUGUCGGUGAAGGUGUUGCGUGGUUGAUUGGGUGGGCGCUGAUUCUGGAAUACACGAUUGGUGGUUCAGCUGUUGCCCGUGGCAUAUCCCCCAAUCUGGCACUGUUUUUCGGUGAAAAUGGCCUGCCUUCAUUUGUAGCGCGUCAUCAAAUUCCUGGCCUGGAUGUUGUUGUUGAUCCGUGUGCCGCCAUUCUAGUCUUUGUUGUUACUGGGCUCUUGUGUCUUGGAAUAAAGGAGAGCACAUUUGCUCAAGGAAUUGUAACAACAGCCAAUGUGUGUGUCAUGCUAUUUGUCAUAGUAGCUGGCUGUUACCUCGGGUUCAAGACCGGUUGGGUUGGUUAUGAACUUCCAACAGGGUACUUCCCAUUUGGGGUGGAUGGGAUGCUUGCCGGGUCUGCAACUGUCUUCUUUGCCUAUAUCGGGUUUGAUUCAGUUGCCAGCACUGCUGAGGAGGUGAAAAAUCCCCAACGUGAUUUACCGCUCGGUAUUGGUCUUGCGCUCUUCCUUUGCUGCUCUCUCUACAUGAUGGUCUCUGUUGUUAUUGUCGGUUUAGUUCCUUACUAUGCCAUGGAUCCUGACACUCCGAUAUCUUCUGCAUUUUCAAGUCAUGGAAUGCAAUGGGCUGCAUUCGUGAUAACGGUUGGAGCUGUCAUGGCUCUUUGCUCGACACUGAUGGGUUCGCUUCUACCACAGCCUCGAAUUUUAAUGGCAAUGGCUAGGGACGGCCUGCUGCCUCCGAUUUUCUCCGAAGUUAACAAAAGCACUCAGGUUCCUGUUAAAGGGACGGUGGCAACUGGUAUUUGUGCCGCAACAUUGGCGUUCUUCAUGGACGUUUCACAGUUGGCAGGCAUGGUGAGCGUUGGUACAUUAAUGGCGUUCACGAUGGUGGCAAUAUCUGUUUUGAUACUCAGAUAUGUUCCACCGGAUGAAGUACCUCUCCCCUCAUCACUUCAGGAGAAGAUCGAUUCUGUUUCCUUUAAAUCUAAUGGGGAGAAUUCAUCUUCCGACAACCUUGGCACGUCCCGCGGCAGCAAGCAGCCUUUACUUUCCAAACCCGAUGCUUCAGUCGAUUAUCCCGUGAUGGAGAAAAAAGAAUCUCAAGGGUGUUGGGCUCUAAGUGAAGAGAACAGAAGGAAAGUUGCAGGAUGGAGCAUUAUGUUCACUGUUAUCGGGGCCUUCCUUAUAAGUUACGCAGCAUCGAGUUUGCAUUUCGCAGGGCUUUUCCGGUAUUCUCUGUGCGGUGUUGGUGGACUUCUCCUUCUCGCGGGUUUGAUUGUGCUGACUUUGAUAGAUCAGGAUGACGCUAGGCACAGUUUCGGGCACUCCGGAGGCUUCAUCUGCCCGUUUGUUCCUCUCCUGCCUAUCGUCUCCAUUCUCAUCAAUGCUUACCUUUUGAUUAACCUCGGAGGAGGGACGUGGGCUCGUGUGUCGGUGUGGCUGCUGAUCGGAGUUCUCGUCUACUUCUUCUACGGCCGAAGACGCAGCUCAUUGUCCGACGCUGUUUACGUUCCGGCAGCUCAUGCCGAGGAGAUAUACCGCGGCACGGGAGAUGCAUUGGCCUGAGACUCGGGAAAGAUCAUCGUCAUCACUCGCCCACGACGAUCUCUGUUCUUUAACCGUUUUUAAGUUGGGUUAUGGAGAUUCAAGAAUCAAGGUUCGUCCAUGGAGGAGGACGAGGAAGAAGAUGGUAUUUGGUAAUAAUGUAACAUAUAAUAUGUAAAAAUUAAAUUUGUUGUUGUGACAGAUUAUAUGCUGUAAUAUGAUCUUCUAUAAUCUAGUGAAAGCUUGUUGCCUUUGUAAUUAUGUUUCUAAUUUUUUUUUGAUACAGAAUGGAUAUCUGAGAUUUUUCGAUGUA